GGAAAAUUAGGGAGAGAGGGAGAGAGGGAGAGAGAGAAGAGUGGUGAGGGGUAAAAUGAAGGUCAAGUAAUGUUAUCAAAGCCCUUAGGCAUUGCCUUGAGAAGCAAAAGCAUCAAAAUUUUAAUAAAAUAUUUAUUGAAUUCCAUUUAUUUUAUACCUAUAUAAAUAAAGUACUUUGUUAUGUUAUUGGUGUUUUCAUUUAUCAUUUUUUUUAAAAAAUCUCUCUAUCUCUUUUCAUUUCAAUUUUUGUUCAAACCCAAAACACACAGAUCCAAAUCCAAAUCCAAAUCCAAAUCCCCCAUAUGUACCAAUCAACUUCUUCCUCUUCUUCUUCUCAGAAAUCCAUGCCCUCCGCCCACGCCGGCGCCGGUCUCGGCGGCGGUGGUAGUGGUGGUGGUGGUGGUCUUACUCGGUACGGUUCCGCGCCUGGAUCUCUCCUGACCACGGCGGUCGAUUCCGUGAUUGGGAGUCGGCAACCGGACUCCGCCGCCACGCUCCGUGGGCCACCAUCGUUCGGCGGCCACUACUUCUCCUCUGUUGAUUCCUCCGUCGUGGAGUCCUCAAGGAAGGUUGUUCAGUCGUCGUCUACUUCCAACGAUCUGAAAUCGUCGUCGUCUACUACCGCCGCCGCCGCCGCCGCCGCCGCCUUGAAUAGGUCGUACGGAUUCAACGAUUUGGCGUUAGGGGAUUUCUCGACGGGUAGAAAUUUCAAUAGUAAUGGUGGUCAAUCCUCUUCCUCUUCGCCGUUGGUUCGCCAGAGAAGCUCGCCGGCUGGAUUUCUCGGCCAUCUCUCCGUCGCCGAACCAAACGGAGGGUUUUCAUUGACAAUGGGAGGUGGUGGAAAUGGAAUAGGAAGACUAAAAUCCCAAAUGAGCUUCAAUGGGCAAGAUAAUUCACUUUCUCAAAUCUCAGAAAUGAGUGAAAGUUUUGUUGAGGCAGCCAAUUCUUGUAGCAAUGGCCUUCAAAGCAACACCAAUUCCACACAUUCCUUUGGCCCCUCUGCCUUUGCUAUGGACUCUUCUUGGGAAACAUCCAAUAAUUCCAUUGUCUUUGGUGCCCCUCAUGCUAAAAGAUCUAAGCACCAUUCCGAUGCCGACUUCUUCACCAGCCUCGAGUCUCAAGUACGUAUCCUGCCACAAACAACCCUAGAAAUGGCAGCUGUGGAGAGGCUGCUUCAAAUUCCGGAAGACUCUGUUCCUUGUAAGAUUCGAGCCAAGCGUGGAUGUGCUACUCAUCCUCGGAGUAUCGCCGAACGGGAGAGGAGAACUAGAAUCAGCGGAAAAUUGAAAAAACUUCAAGAACUUGUUCCCAACAUGGAUAAGCAAACAAGCUAUUCAGACAUGUUGGACUUAGCAGUGCAGCAUAUUAAAGGUCUUCAAAAUCAAAUUCAGAAGCUUAACAAAGAAGUUGAAAAUUGCACCUGUGGAAGCAAAGAAUGCUUAUAACAUCUGGAAUUAUUGGGAGUUGGAAACAUGAAUUCUACCUCAAAUUUUGCCUUUUUUAAAAAAAUUUAUUGUGUUCUUUCCACUAACCCAAAAAAUUAAAUAAUAAUAAUAAUAAUAAUAAUAAUAAUAAUAAUAAUAAAAGGAAAGACAAAAGAAAACAAGAGUAAAGGGCAUUAGUUUGUACAUAAUGGAAGUAGCUCUCCAGCUCUUAUUAAUUCCCAAAUUUUAAUUGGAAUUUCAUAAGCUUAAUUCUUCUUUUUUUUUUUUUUUCCAUGUAAAAUAAUUUUUGAAUUCUUCUGUUUGGUUCCCUACUAUUUUUGUUUGCUUUGUCUUUGUAAUAUUUGAGAAACCUAUAUCCUUGACUCUUUAAUUUCAUUAUUCAUGAUUGUCUUUUUAGAGAAA